AUGUUCAAGAUCACCCCCGUGGUCCUCGCCGCCUUCACUGGCAUUGCUACCACGGCAGCCCACCUCGUAGACUUUGAGCGAGCCUGCGAGGCCUUCCCCCCCGCGGCCGGCCAGGUCGGUGUCACCGCGGCCGGCGGCACCACUGUGGAGUGGGACGGCAAUAAUCUCGGCAACGGGCAGUACAGCUUCGUCGUCGCUAUCCACGACGAGAACUGCCGCGUCUUUGACGUUAAGGAGGCCCAGCCCCAAAGCCCCGGCUUCCACACUAACUUUGACUUUGCCGGCAUCCACGAGGUGGACGUCCACUACGCCUGGAUCGGCGCCGAUCGAGUCAGCGUUCCGAAGGUAUACUGGGACGGCACCGAGAUUAUGCGCUGGUGCGGCGACCACAUGACGGAGAUGGUGGGCAUCAAUGCCGGGUACUGGCGUACUUGCAACUUUGAGCAGGACGAUAGGAUCCGUCCUUGA